AUGGUAGUGGACCCUCCUUGUCGUAAUCCCCAGCGUACCAAUAGAAGGCGACCUUUGAGAUUUGCUGAGGGAAUAGCAGAACUCCGAGGACAAGGCGAAAGAGCAGAUAACCAAGAAGACGCUCAAGCCGAAGCAGCCCCAGACAUCAACAUGGAUCUGGUGCAGGGAGAAGGAGACGAUGCUGGCGCAGGAAAUAACAACAUUGCAGCUGGCGAAGGCAACAACAACCUGUGGCACCACAACAACCUGCGGCACCACAACAGCCAGCGGCGCAACAGCAACAGCCAGCGGCGCAUCCCAAGAGAUCACACGAGGACGCCAUAA